GCCGAGCGGGAUCGUUCGCGGCGGCGGCUGCAGCCCCUCCUCUUCCCCUGCGGAGGUCAAGGGGUGGAUGCGCGACCCCCGCCCCACUUUCCCCUCUGUAGGCACGAGUCCCCUUUUCUGAGGGGGGUCCGGAUAAUAAACCAUCUGGCCCAGCGGGACCCUCUAAAGCAGGGGCUCCAACCCUGUCACCUUCAACUCCCAGAAUUCCCCAGCCAGCAAAGGCAAAGAAGUCCUCCAGGUUGGAGACCCCCCCCCGGCCUGCUCUCAAGUGGCCCCACAAGGACCUUCCCGGCCCCAAAAGGGAAGGAGACGAACUGGCUGCGAAUUGCGGGGCUGGGGGGGGAAGGGGGUCCGAGGCCUCCUUUGAUUAAGGAAAGAACCGUCUUCUGCUAACUCCCAUCAAGUCCUGCAGCCAUUCAUCCGUCGUGGGAAGGAAAAUAUUCUUCCAUUUUUUCCAUUGUGCAGCUUCCCCCCCCCCACAACACUCCCAUACUCCUUAGCUGGGACCACUUCCCCUUUAACAACCCACAGGUGGAGGGGUUCUGAGAGCCCCUCGGACUGCUGGGAUUGCCAUAGCUACGCCAUGCAGUCAUUGCAUCACUUAAGGGCAAUCCCAGUCCCAAAGACCACCUGUGGUGCCUUUCAGUUAAACCCAAGUACAUAGAUGUAACUAAAUGUUUAAAAACUAAGCCCUUGCCUCACAAUUUCUCCCCGCCCUUGGCAUUUUCUCCCAUAUUGUGUGUGUCUGGAGAAUCCCUAUGCAUAAAGUCUGUGCUUUUCUUUUUCCUUCACUUGAACUUCUUAAUUAUUUGUAUUUUCCAAAAGAAAAAUCUGGAAGGUAAAGAAGAGAGUUACCGUAUGUAUGAGAGGAGACGAAAGGCCUCUAGUGCCUCCACUUCUCUCAAGGAGGACCCUCUCCUGGCUCCCCACCCACGGACGGAUGAACUGGUCUAUUCAGAAGUUCUGUAGGAAGGCCAAGAGGGGCUCUCCUUCCGAGGGGUCCCAGCUGAGCUGUGGCGCAUGCGCUAAGAGACUGGUUCUGUGUGUGGCACACCAGGAGUCCGCAACAUGCGGAAAAGACGAGGGCGACGCACCCCAGGACAUGCCCUGGCUCAGCACUUGUCAGCUCCCCUCAUCCUUAGGACAUCCUGAAGAUGUUGGGGCAAAUGUGCUCCAUUUCAGGCAAGCCAUUGCUGAAAGGGAGCACCAGGUGACAGAACACCUGAAGCGCCCAUCCCAAGUUGCAAAACCCAUGUUCUCGGGAGACGCCUCAUCUUGAGGGCCUGGCAGCCGCCCUCCUAGGAGAAUCGUGCAGGGCUGGGAAUGAAUUGGGAGGUGCCAAGGAGGCGAUGUGUCUCCAUCAACCUCUCCAUUGGCUGCCUCUGCUUGCUCAGCGAAGAAUAAAAAGAGCCCUGGCCCAGCCCUGGGAUGCAUGCCGGACAGAUCGCCAUGUGGCCCCUGAUCCUGCUCUGCCUGCUCUCCGGAGGCCUGGUCCUAACCAGCAAGAUCCAGAAUGAAUGUGCCAAGGGAGCCGCGUACUGGUGCAGCAACUUAAUGACAGCUAUCAAGUGUGGUGCUUUGGAUCACUGUGUCCAGAUUGGAUGGAAUCAAGCCAGCAAUGAGAGUGUCUGGAACAGAAUCAGCAAUGAGGACACGUGUGCAGACUGCAAACAACUUAUCUCUAUCCUGGUGCGCAUGGCCAAGGAAUCAGCCUUUAAGAAAGCUCUCCAGGAGUAUUUGGAGCAUGAAUGUACCAAUUUGCCACUUCAGACACUUAUCCCACAGUGCCAGGCCUUGGUAAAAGACUACUAUGCCCGUUUAAUUGCCAGCCUGGAAAAACAACUUGAUCCCAGCAUCAUAUGCACCAAGCUGGGUGCCUGCUCAGCUAACCUUUCGGGAAGCCAGGAUGGCUUCAUGCAGCUGCUCAGAGGGCUAGAGCAGCUCCUUCCACAGCUGCAAGGCCAGAUACCCAUCCUGCCCAGCGGCCACACUCAGGAGUCCCCCCGGGAGCUGCUGCCCAUCCCCCUGCCUCUCUGCUGGUUGUGCAGGACCUUUGUUGGCAAGGCUGAGUCUGUCAUCCCCAAGGCCGCCGUUGGCAAAGCCAUGUCCAAACUCUGCUACAUUCUGCCAGCGGUUGUUGCUGGCAUGUGCCAGUGUCUGAUGGAGAAAUACACAGUGAUCAUUGUGGACACAAUUGUGAGCAAGCUGGGGCCACGCCUGAUAUGUGGCAUGAUGUUCAUGUGUGCCUCAGAGGAAAACUGUGGUCCAGAGAGCCCGUUGCCAGCCACAGCCGAGGGAUGCCAGAUGUGCCUUAUGAUCAGCAGCCAAACGAAGGCAUCUCUAAGGGAAAAUCACACCAGGAGGGCAGUGGAAGCAGCCUUGUCCACAGCCUGUAGCCCUUCCUUUUCCUCCUGGCCUCAGUGCAACCUCUUCCUCUACCAGUACCAGCCAAAGCUCUCCGCACUGUUAAUGAAGCCGUGGGACUCCCAAACUACCUGCCAGGAACUGGGUGCCUGCAGAGCUGAGCAGCUUUUGCCAAGCGUCGCUCCUUGUGCCCAGGGACCCACUUACUGGUGCUCCAGCUUGAGUGCAGCCAAGCAAUGCAAGGCUACACAGCACUGCCAGGAUCACGUAUGGUUGUAACCGAGUGAGGAGGGUCUGGCUUAAGGCAGGACAGCCCUGCUUCUUUCACCUUGACUGCUGAGAAAGAAAAUAAUCUCAGCUAUUAAAAUCAACCUCCACAUCG